AUGGGCGACUCACACGGCCUGGUGGCGGACGAAAAGACUGUCGCCAGCUCCUCCAAGAGCGAUCGACCGCUGUACAUGCAGACUCCUGGCCGCAAUGUCGUGCUGGUCCGUCGCCUGAAGCGCAAGGACGAGAGCGUCUGGAAGCCCCUCGCUCGCUGGUUCGUCGAGAACCAGGUCGGCUUGUCACUCAACCUGCUCGCUCUUCUGUUCCUGGCCCACGCCUGCAUCCCCAAAGCCAGAAUACACACGACCAAGUUCUUCCACCUCUCGUACUUCAACCAGAGGACGGGCAAGUAUGCUACCGGAUUUGACGAUGCCUAUUUGAUUGCCUUUUUCAUUGUCCUCUUCACCGGCCUUCGAGCCGGCACCAUGGACUACAUUCUGGCACCGCUUGGCCGACUCAACGGAAUCAGCAAGAAGAAGACCUUGACGCGGUUCACCGAGCAGGCCUGGUUACUGGUUUACUAUUGCGUCUUUUGGCCUACGGGCAUGUAUCUGUACUACAAUUCCCCCGCCUGGCUGAACAUGAGGGAGCUGUGGACCGACUGGCCGAACCGGGAGAUGGGCGGCCUCAUGAAGUGGUACAUGCUUGCCCAAUGGGCGUUUUGGCUGCAGCAGAUUAUCGUCAUCAACAUCGAGGAUCGGCGAAAGGACCACUGGCAAAUGUUUAGCCACCACAUCAUUACCACCGCACUGAUUUCGUCGUGCUACUGCUAUCACCAUACCCGUGUUGGAAUGUUCAUCUUGGUUAUUAUGGACGUGGUGGAUCUAUUCUUCCCUGUUGCCAAGUGUCUCAAGUACACCGGCCACAACACGCUGUGCGACUAUGCCUUUGCCCUCUUCAUGGUGUCCUGGUUUGUGGCGCGCCACGUCUUCUACGUCAUGGUCUGCUGGUCGAUUUACGCACACACCCCUGAGAUUAUGCCCAACGGAUGCUUCAUUGGAUCAAACGACGCCCUGGUUGGACCAGUGGAAGCCCCCGCCGGCUUCACGUAUCUGCUUGAGCCAUUCUUCAACUCGACGGGCCGUGUGUGCUACAACGAGACAGUCAAGUGGGCUUUCCUCGCACCCCUCCUUCUGCUGCAGGCCAUUACGAUUUACUGGUUCACCAUGAUCAUUCGCGUUGCCAUCAAGGUGAUUAGCGGAACUGGCGCUGAAGAUUCCCGGAGCGACGACGAGGCUGAAGAAGAUGAGGAUACGGAGGAGCUCAUCUACGAGGAAGUUCAACCGCUGGAGCAGGAGGUCGGAGUGGAGGAGCUGGACCUCAAAAGCUGGGAGCGACGCAACGGCCUUAAGAAGCAGGCUUCCGCCAGCGGAGUCAGCCUGCCGGGACACAGCGAUCGUAAGGAGCUUCUUGGCCGCAUUGGCUGCGAGAAACAGGUGGAAUAAAAGAUGAAUAUCCGGACAGGGAAAAGGAGGAGGAUGGGCAGGGCGGAGAGAGGUGUCUUUUCUUGGGAUGACGGCGUUGAGGAGUUUUGAGGCUACCCCCUUUACCCUUCUCUUCUGGGGAGGUGGGAGCCUCUUCCUUUUUUUCUCUCCUUUUUUCAAGCUCUUAACAUGAAACUUGUUUGGGAUAUGGGAUAUUUUCAACUGGUAGGGCUGUGCGACCUCUGGGAGCUCAGGCAGAGCGAGACGGACAGGCGGACAGAAGGACGAUGCUAGAAGCCUUUGAUACCAUGUGCUACGACAACUGACUUGACGAAGUGGAUUCUAUAGACUCGAUAGAGAGUUGAUUUCGCGUGGGUUAGUUCUUAUGACGAUUGAUUUUGCGGGAU